GGGCACCGCCCGCCCAUGCCCUCCUUCCGCGCCUGCUUCCGCAGCAUCUUCCGCCUGCACACGGAGACCGGCAACAUCUGGACACACCUCAUCGGCUUCCUCUUCUUCCUCGUCUUGGGCAUUGGCUACAUGUUCAGCCCCAACAUGAAUUAUGUGGCCCCCAUCCAGGAGCGGGUCGUCUUCGGGACGUUCUUCCUGGGGGCCACCCUCUGCCUCUGCUUCUCCUGGCUCUUCCACACGGUGUACUGCCACUCGGAGAGAGUGUCCCGCACCUUCUCCAAGCUGGAUUACUCGGGCAUCACGCUGCUGAUCGUGGGCAGCUUCGUGCCCUGGCUGUACUACUCCUUCUACUGCUCGCCCCAGCCCCAGCUCAUCUACCUCGUCAUCGUCUGCGUGCUGGGCAUCACGGCCAUCACGGUGUCCCAGUCAGACCACUUCGCCACGCCCCAGUACCGCGCUGUGCGAGCAGGCGUGUUCCUGGGCCUGGGGCUCAGCGGGCUGGUGCCCACCCUGCACUUCCUGCUGGCCGAGGGGCCGGGGCGAGCGGCGAGCGCCGGGCAGAUGGGCUGGCUCUUCCUCAUGGCGCUGCUCUACAUCCUGGGCGCGGCGCUGUACGCCGCCCGCGUGCCCGAGCGCUUCUUCCCCGGCAAGUGCGACAUCUGGUUCAACUCCCACCAGAUCUUCCACGUGCUGGUGGUGGCGGCCGCCGGCGUCCACCUCCACGGGGUCUCCCAGCUCCAGGCCUUCCGCUCCUCGCUGGGGGGCGCCUGCACCGAGAGCACUGUGCUGUGAGCCUGCCCCCCCCCCGACCCACCGG